AUGGCACAUCAGACUAUCACUUGGAUGAGCGCCUUCCUCUGCCUCGCGCAAGUUGUCUCGAUGCCCAUGCCUUGCCAGCUACAACGACAUCUUGUGGGAACAACCUACAACCUACUGAGAGACAUGGGGGGUCAUUUUCCAUUGGAGUGCCUGCAGGAGAAUGUCUUCAUGGCAUUCCCAGCCACUGCUUUCGCAUCCUCCCGCGAGCCACAUUUUAGCAGCAGUGCUGCUAAGGCUAUUUAUGAAACAUUGAAGAACAUCGACACAUUGUUUGGAACUGACGAACUGCCGACAAUGUGGGACCAACAGAAGUUGGAGUAUUUUCAGAACAUUAUCUACCGUCAGAUUGAAGAGACCGAGUGUAUGAUGGGGAGAGUGGAUACACGUGAUUAUCUAAUCAGGUCAAAGAUGCUGAAUACAUACUUUAGGAACAUCGCGGAUGUCCUAAAAGAAAAAAUGAGCAGUGUGGAUACAAGUGAUUAUCCCAUCAGGGCAGAGGGCCUGAAGACAUACUUUGUGAACAUUGCAGCAGUUUUAAAAGAAAAUAAUUUCACUUACUGCACCUGGGAAGUGGUUCGAAAAGAACUCCUGUACACCCUAGAAUUCAUUCUGAUACACCACUCUGACAGCCUUCUAUGGUCCAACAGAACAUGAAUUUGAACUUGCAGA